AUGAAGCGACACAGGCCAACCAACGCCGACCAGGCUGCCACAAAGAACGCUCAGCGCGCGCCAUUACGUGACAUCCGCUCCAUCCUUCGACCCAGGCCCAAUCCCCCUCGCCUUCAACUGAAGCCCAAGUCCAAGCCUAAGCCCAUGCCAUUCACUGUCCCUUCUUCCACCACACCCACUCCUGUCGCGGCUACAGGCAUCUCUCCAACACCCACCGCUAUCUCCACUCCUUCGGCAGGCGCCACCACUUCAACCAUCGUUUCUCCCUCAUCUUCCUCCGCACACGCAAAGUCCAAACAUCGCGACCCACCUACCCUCCGUGUCCCCACGCCUAAGCGGCAGAAAGGCCACAACCUCUCCUCUCAAUCUGAGGCUGAGGCUCCUGGCCUCCUCACCCCUGUCGAGCCCACCUCGUCCCACUCUGAAACCCAGACCCCGCCUUACGCUCAAGACCGUUUGCAGUCCAAGCUUGAACAUCUCCCCCCAACCGUCCGCGACAACCCGUCAAAGCGCCGAAAGGCACUGGACCUCGCCGACUCAAACAGGGCGAACAAGUCCAAUACUAUCAUUGGCGAUGCAAACUCCAGUCGAGACAAGGUCAAGGCUAAGGUAAAGAGCUGGAUAAAAGGGAAUCGCGGCCGCAAGCGACCCGUGGCGUCCAUGCAGUGCAGUUUGCGGGGUGGAACUGGAGGCGCAGAGGUUGACCCGAACGGUUUGGAGGUGCCAGAAAUUCCAGACGUGCGGGACGAGUGGGUCGAGGACAGGCAACAGGAGGAGGGUCACAUGCAGCAGGCGGUGUCUCUCACCUCCCAUCAUAACAUCCUGGCCUUGUCGCACGGAAGUGUGGCGCCAACGCCGCCCACCCAGCACAACGACGACACCGGCUACACCGAGCACACCGAGCAACCUGAGCAACCCGAGUAUACCCAAUAUACCCAGCGCGCUAUCAGUACUGGAUCCGACUACCAGUCCCCUGCACCACUCUCAUCCACCACUUCGCCGGCACGAGCCCCUUCGCCCGCCCACACCACGUCACCUGCACCUACCCCGCUGCCUGCACGCACAGUCGAGGCCCCACCUACUUCUGAAUAUACGCCGACACCCGAAUACGCUCCCACACCCGAGCUUACGUCUGACUCCGAGCCAACGCCUUCGGGUCGCUCUCCUACACCAGGCCGCUCUCCUGCAGCAGACCGCUCUCCUACACCAGGCCCUAUCGAAGCUCUCACGCCUCCCCAGUCCCCACAGGCGCCCCGGUAUUGGCACCUAGCGCUGCCUACAUUCGUCCCACCUAUCCCCUCUCGUCAGCAGGACGUACCGAGCCCCGCGGCGCCUCUCAACGAGCAUGCUCCCGUUCCAGAAAGCCAGGCAGAGUCCGUCAUCCUAACUGUUACGGAAACUCUAACGAGAACGCAGAACGCGCGCGCCAACGAAGCGACCCUCGAACAGGGUCCCUCGGAGCUGGACCAGGGUAUGUACCAAUUUCACUCGCCCCACAUGGAGGUCGGAAUCGACUCGCAAGAAUCUGAGGACUUUGACGAGGACAGCGAAGCCACAGACACUCAGGUUUCAGACCUCGCCCGACACAUCCUCGUCAUGCUGACCCCUGCCCCGGGCACCAAGUUCUGGAUCACGGCCGAGAUGGCAGAGCAGGCCGCGUGCUGGCCCGGAUGGGGGGAGGUGAAGGACCGGUACGGCGUGUGGGAAAUGGAUGAGGAGCGGGCCGAGAUUGAACGGCAGAUGUUGGAGGACCUUGAGGAGGGGGACUGGCCCGACAGCACGCCGGAGGGCGAGGACAUGCCGACCGCGCCUCACGUUGAGUCAGUGACGCAGGUUGCCGGUGUGGUCGUCAUUAGCGAAGACGUGCUGUCUAGCAUCUUUCAGGACGGUCCGGCUGUGUUCGCCGAUACUAUUAAAGAGUUAGACGAAGAGAUAGCGGCAGAAAACUCGCAAGCUACGAUUUAG